CAUAAGCACUUGUUUCACUUGUGGACAAAGCAGGAUAUUAGUCCGGGUUCUCGUCAUUGAAACUUUCUCAGGUUUCUUCCAGUCAAAAGGACAGCAAACGCACCUUUUUUAAACUAGAUUUGACUAUAUGGUCCUUUAUUGGCGUUUUUACUGCUAACCUUUUAAUUUGACAUAUUUUAGUGUUUGUCUUUCGUGUGCUUCUCAGCAUGAAAACAUUUAAACCUAAUUUUUAUUGAGCAGCCAUCAUCUUAAAGGAAUUAUACACCCCCACACUCGGACCAUGAACCAGCUUUACUUGGAUAAGUGUUUAUUACUGUUUCUCCUCAGUUUACAGAUGGUUUGGGGUUCAGAUCAUGUGAUGUUCCUGAACCCACCAGCUGAGCCAGUGCCUGGCUAUUCUCUGAAAGUGUUGUAUUCCUGUUCUAAACCAGCUGUGGUGCUGGUGGAGUGUCUGGUGUCUUAUGACACUGGAGUAAGCUCCACGGUAUUCCAGAGACACUGGAGCUGUGAGCCGGGUCCAGACCGGAUUAGGACUCUGCUACUGAGCCUCCCUGACUGGCUGGUGUACCAGCCUGACUGGGUUGUGCCUGACACUCAGUGGGUGCUCAGUGUUAUGCUGCGUGCCUCAGUCAGUGAGCAGGGAUCUAAGGACAGUUACAGGUCAGGCCAGGCCACUGCAGUAGUCAGCUUGCAGCCCACGUCCCCUCUCAGUCGCCCCAUGAAGCAGCACCAACUCUGCCCUGGCUGGGCUACACAGAUGCUGUGGUUAACCCGCAGGACCACCACCUCACAAUGCCCUGUGGAACAAGAAACAGUCCAUUUGUUGUCGUCCAUGUAUGCCUCAACUGGAGAGAACUUUGGCAUCACCAAGACUUUAAAUGCCUAUAGCAACGAGGUCCUGGAGUACUUGCGACUCCAAGAUAUUUCUUUUCCAUGGUGUGUGUUCUCCAUCUGGGUGUUCCUGACCCAAUCCUGCCAGGAAAACUUGUGUGCCGUUUUUCACCACAUAGACUAUCAAAAUAACUAUGCCACUCCCAAUUUGUUCCUUAAAAGAUCAGGCCAGUUGCAUGUUCAGAUGCAUGGGGAGACUGGGAGGUCCUCAGCGUUCCUUUGCCCAUUCCAGGUGCCCCUGACCCAGUGGUGCCACAUCAACAUGGAGCUGCGUGGCAGAAUGGUGGAUGUUACCAUGGUGUGCAUAGAUGGGCAGCAACGUUUGGUUCAUACUGCAGAACACAUGUUCAGAGAUCCUAUACACCUGGAUGACACGGAGGGCUACUUUGUGGUCAGUGGAGGUCAAUUUAUGAGAGGAAUUGAAGGUUAUUAUGGACCGUUGGUGUACUAUCGAAACAGAAUACCCGACGCCAGGCCGUCUGAAGUCAUUGUUCCAGACCCUAUUAGGAUUCUGAAUUUGACUGGAUGGCUACAGUCCUGUCAGGAAUUUCAGUUGGAGCUUCAUGUCAAAUUGACUGGGUAUUUACUGAGAGCCAGAGAGAAACAAGAGUCUGAGAACUGUAUGGAUGCUUAUCAUGAGUGGACAUUAAAAUGUCAUUUAGCUGUGACACCACACUGUGAACCCUGGGAGGCACCCAAUGCCCCUCAAAGACGCUAUGCAGUUCAUCUGGCAAAGAUACUGGCCACCAAGCAUGGUGGCAGAAAGGUUGAUCUGGCAUCAGUGGGAAGGGCUCUGUACUCCUUGUCUCUGCGUAAGCUGAGUCAAGAGAGCACUGGAUCCACUGGAGUAGUUAACAAGAUAAUGGCCCUUCUGCUGCAAGCUGGCUGUCUGGGGAACAACAGAGCUCUACACCUGUCAUCAGUGCUCUACAGCAGUGGUGUAGGAGUGGAGAGGCAGCCCAAUAAGGCAUGGUUACUGUCCCUGCUGUCAGCCCAGAAGGACUGGAGACUGGCCCUGCUGCGCCUGGGGCACCUGCACCAGCUAGGUGAGCAUGGCAUCCCCCCAGACUCUGACCUGGCCUAUGCCUACUACUCUAACAUCGCCAAGCAGACAUCCUCCGACCAUCACAACCCCUCACCUCAGCAGAUGUUUGUAGAAUCUAUUUACCUGAACAACGAGGAAGUGCUUCGGUUCCAAACCAAUGAAAACCAUGAUAUCUUUCACUGGUUAAAACUCCAGGCCCGCAAUGGAGCCGCAGAUGCAGAGCAAGCUGUGGCCCGCAUGCUGUUCUGGGGCCAGCAGGGCGUGUCUCCAGACAUCCAGACUGCUGUGAGACACUAUGAGAGAGGAGCUGUCCGUCUGGGGGACCCAGUGUCCAUGUAUGACUAUGCCAUAGUCCUCAUGCAGGGCCAAGGAGUCAAGAAAGACAUUCCAAGGGCAGUCACUUUCCUGAAGAAAGCAGUAGAGCAGGGUUUCACGCCAGCGAUCAAUGCCCUUGGCUGGUACUAUGAGCAGUUUGAGAAAGACUACCAGCGGGCAGUGCAGCUGUGGGAACAGGCUGAUAAACAAGGCAGCCCAGAUGCUGCUAUGAAUCUGGGUGUCAUGUACUCCCAAGGCCUGUAUCCUGGGAAAGCUGCAGACAAGUUCAUGGCCUAUACCUACUACCUGAAGUCUGCCCAAAGAGGAAACAUAGAUGGCUCCAUUCAGCUGGCUAAUGUGUGGACCACAGGGAUCCCUGGCCGAGUCAAGAGGCAUCCAGCAGAUGCUGUAUUAUGGGUUAAGUGGGCAGCUGAGCGCAAUGGACACCUUGGAAUGGUCCUCAGGAAGGCCUUGGAUUCCUAUCUUAAAGGGGAUAGCUUAAUGGCCUUGUUGUAUUACAUGAUGGCAGCUGAGUCAGGAUUUGCAGCCGCCCAGUUCAAUGUGGCGUACCUAUGUGAACAAAACCCUGGAGGUUUCCUGGAUCCCACUUUUGCAGUGCAGUGUAUGAGGAGAUACUACAACCUGACCAGCCAGGCACAAGAUCCUGAUCCCUAUGCCCAGAUCAGGAUGGGUGACCUGCUGUAUGAAGGACAUGGACAGAGACAGAGAGAUGUGGCAGCAGCAGCAGAGAUGUACAAACAGGCAGCACUAAGGAGUGACCCUCAGGGCUGGUACAGUCUUGGUGUGCUUGUUCAAGAGGAACAGGGGUUACCGUUGUCCGUCCUGUCUGAACUGGGUCUGACACAGCAUUACAUGGCAGAUAACACUGAGCUGGCGACUACACUUUACCGCAGGUGCAGAGACUCCAACAGUACAGCAGAGUCCUACUUACCCUGCAGCCUUGCCCUAUUCCAUGCCUAUCUGCACUCUUUCCAAAAGGACUACAGUGCUACUAUCAAGGUCUCUGGUACUGUGGUCAUGGCAGUUGCAGUUCCACCAAUCCUCUUCAUCAUCCUCCGUGUACUGAGGGGGCGUGGCAUCAUGUCUUAUUAUCACUAGGAUCAAGAAACCCAUCAGCCUAUCAGCACUAUGAGGAAGAAGACUUGAUUGUAUCUAGAGCAAAAACUUUUUUCGCAGAUUUAUUUUAUUUUUUAUUUUGUUUUUAUAGCUAAAGGUAAAUAUUUUUUGUGUUUUUAUCUUUGUUUUAUCUGGAAUGAAGAUAGCACAAUUUCUUAAAUUGAAUGUAUAAAGUUAUUUCAAUGUUCUGUAUGAUCAUGGUUUACAAAACUGUCUAUUAAUUGAACAGUAUUAAUAAAGCAAACUGAUUUGAAAACCA